AAGAAUUCGUGUAGCCUAAUAUUAAUAGUCAUGAAUAUCUGCUAUUAGGAGUCCAAGGGAAGAAGCAGCUCUUUGCUAAUAGAGCUCAAGCGAAGGAACAGCAGUGAUAGAGGCAGACGACGGAACAGGGAUACAAGAAACUUUAAACAUAAAUCCACAAGACCAAACACUGCAUUUUAGAAUCGAAUGAAGGAUAGUGGGAAUUUAACCAAAUUCUGAUGGAUUAUCGUUCUUCGCUGAUGCUUAUCUGAACAUUGGGCUACGUGAUCUUUCAAUAUUGUUGUUGCUGGCUUUAUUUUGUUUACUCGUAAAUUAUCGUUGAUUUGUCAACGUUUUUAUUCAGAAAAAUAUAUUUUGAAUCGCUCGAAAAUCUUCGCAGAUGUUAGUGCACAGUUUUUCCGCGAUGGAUCGUCACGACGGUACCAGCAAUGGGACAGCCAGACUACCUCAGCUGGGAGGCGUGGGCCAGUCUCCGUAUAGUGCUCCUCCGCUCUCCCAUACCCCAAACUCCGACUUCCAGCCACCGUACUUUCCCCCACCCUACCAGCCCAUCUACUCACAGUCUCAGGACCCCUACUCGCACGUCAACGACCCCUACUCCCUCAACUCCCUGCACGCUCAGCCGCAGCCACAGCACCCUGGCUGGCCUGGCCAGAGGCAGAGUCAGGAGAGCAGUUUGCUGCACCAGCACCGCGGCCUGCAACAUCAGCUCUGUAGAGAGUACCGGAGAGAAGUGCUCCUGCCGUCGGGCCACGGACUCGAUACGGGACUCUCAGAUUCUAUCCCAAUCCAUGGAAUACAUCACUCUUUAGAAGAUGUUCAGGUAAUUCAGCAUUAUUUGCAUAUUGAGGAUCAAGGAAUUCACAUCCCAGACCAGACUGUAAUUAAAAAAGGUCCAGUUUCUUUAUCCAAGAACAAUAAUGUCUCCACCAUUGGGAUAAAUAAGGACGGUCUUUUUGGCGGUGUGGUAAACCCCAACGAAGUGUUCUGCUCUGUUCCGGGUCGAUUGUCUCUGCUUAGCUCCACAUCAAAGUACAAGGUCACGGUGGCGGAAGUGCAGAGACGACUUUCGCCGCCUGAGUGCCUCAACGCGUCACUGCUGGGCGGGGUGCUGAGAAGAGCCAAGUCUAAGAAUGGCGGAAGGUCCCUCAGAGAGAAAUUGGAUAAAAUUGGAUUAAAUCUACCUGCAGGUAGACGCAAGGCUGCAAACGUUACCCUGCUGACGUCACUAGUUGAAGGCGAAGCAGUGCAUCUUGCCAGAGAUUUUGGUUAUGUAUGCGAGACUGAGUUUCCAGCCAAGGCAGUAGCGGAAUAUACAAACCGCCAGCAUUCCGACCCAAACGAACACGUCCAAAGAAAAAACAUGUUAUUGGCAACGAAGCAAAUAUGCAAAGAGUUCACAGACCUGCUUUCCCAGGACCGUACUCCCUUGGGGAAUUCUCGACCACAACCUAUUCUUGAGCCAGGGAUUCAGAGUUGCUUGACCCAUUUCAGUCUCAUUUCUCACGGAUUCGGGACCCCGGCCAUGUGCGCGGCCCUCACCGCCCUCCAGAACUAUCUGACCGAGGCGAUUAAAGCCAUGGACAAAAUGUACCUGAACAACAACAGUCACUCAGACAGCGGCACUAAAGGCGGAGACAAAGAUGAAAAGCACAGAAAGUGAUUCUCACCUGAAAGCCCAAAUAUAAAUAUUCUAAAUACAUAUAGAUACUAUUGAUCAAGUAAACUGGCCACUUCCUGAUCUCGCAAUGAUUUUACAUGUUUGUUUUUAAUACCAUUCAACUUUGGAUUUUCGGAAAGCGACGUGCAAGAUGCCCAUCAUAAUUCAUGAGAAAAAAAUUGCUGAAAGGCGCAAAGGAACAGCUCCAGAGAGAGAAAGGUCUUUGCCACAUGGAGGACUUUUUAUGUAGGCCUGCUCCCUCUUUUUAUGAGCUGCAACGGACUGAAAUCCAGCGACCAUUAUAUCUCAAUUUACGAUUGUAGCCGUAUGACAAAAAGAGGCUAAAAGAGGAUGAAUUCUUAUCAGUAUUGUGAAUAAUAAACUUUGAAAAAUCCACAUUUACAUGUCAUGACUUCAGUUGCAGACUCGCAUUCCAAAUGACCAACUUGAACUUUCAACACGAUUCACGGUUAUAUAAGGGAAUCUGUGUUCAUGUAUGUAUAUAUUUAUUUAUCUGUAAUUUAAUGGGAAUUGUAAAUAUGGUGCGUCUGUUGAAACUUAUUUUUUAUUUAUCUGUUGCCUCCUGUUUUAGUGGGUUUAAAUAUUCGGUUAGUUCUUCAUGUGGUUUUAUGGUUCUUAGAAAACAGAAGUUUGGGAUAUUUUUUUUCUCUGGGAUAUUUCAAUUCAGCCUUCUUGUAGCAUGUUGAGGCGACAUUGAAGCAAGUGAACAAAUGUAAUAGAAAUAAACCUCCAUUUCUCUCUAUCAUCCUUAUUCUAUUCCGGUUUUUUGUUGUUGUUGAAAAGAGCAUACGCGAUAUCCUGAUAAGAACUCUUUUGUGUUUCUACUUUCUUGUUUUUAUACAAGAUUUUAUGUGUUGUGCCAAUCAGAAUACGUCUCACCUCUUGUUCUUCCCUUGAAGCACCAUAAAAGCAAUAAAUGGAUAUAGUCUUUAGAUUAUUUUUUUUAUGUUCGAAGAAAUUCAAAACAUUUGGGACCACCUGAUAUCUUGUAUGUCCAAAUUGGAGGCGGUUUUAGCUGUAUUGUAUAGACCUCUGCUGGCAAUAGUUCCCAUGCCUGUCAAUGUAUUAUAGUCCUUUGUUGCCCAGAAAAAAAUAAAUAUUUGAUACGCUUCA